AUGGAUGAUGCCGCGGUCCUAAGGAAAAAGGGUUACAUCGUGGGUAUCAACCUUGGCAAGGGCUCCUACGCAAAAGUCAAAUCGGCCUACUCCGAGCGCCUCAAGUUCAAUGUGGCGGUCAAGAUCAUUGACCGCAAGAAAACGCCCUCCGACUUUGUGGAGAGAUUCCUUCCUCGGGAGAUGGACAUCCUGGCCACUGUCAAUCACCGCUCCAUCAUCAAGACCUACGAGAUCUUCGAGACCUCGGAUGGGCGGAUCUACAUUGUCAUGGAGCUCGGGGUCCAGGGCGACCUCCUUGAGUUCAUCAAGUGCCGGGGGGCCCUGCACGAGGAUGUGGCACGCAAGAUGUUCCGCCAGCUCUCCUCCGCCGUCAAGUACUGCCACGACCUGGACGUCGUCCACCGCGACCUCAAGUGCGAGAACCUUCUCCUCGACAAGGACUUCAACAUCAAGCUGUCCGACUUUGGCUUCUCCAAGCGCUGCCUGAGGGACUGUAGCGGGCGCAUCAUCCUCAGCAAGACCUUCUGCGGGUCGGCGGCGUACGCGGCCCCCGAGGUCCUGCAGGGCAUCCCCUACCAGCCCAAGGUCUACGACAUCUGGAGCCUGGGCGUGAUCCUCUACAUCAUGGUCUGCGGCUCCAUGCCCUACGACGACUCCGACAUCAAGAAGAUGCUGCGCAUCCAGAAGGAGCACCGUGUGGACUUCCCGCGCUCCAAGAACCUGACGGGGGAGUGCAAGGACCUCAUCUACCGCAUCCUGCAGCCAGACGUCAACCGGCGGCUGCACAUCGACGAGAUCCUCAGCCACUCGUGGCUGCAGCCCCCCAAGCCCAAAGCCAUGUCCUCCGCCUCCUUCAAGAAGGACGGCGAGGGCAAGUACCGGGCCGACUGCAAACUGGACACGCGGCCGGGCUCGUGCCCCGAGCACCGGCCCGAACACCGGCCCGACCACAAGCUGGGCGCCAAAACCCAGCACCGGCUGCACGUGGUGCCUGAGAACGAGGACAAAAUGGAGGACAGGCUGGCAGAGACCUCCAAGGCCAAAGAGCACCACGUCUCGGGAGCCGAGGUGGGGAAGGCAGGUGCCUAG